AUUUUAUUAAUUAUUGAUUUCUUGGCUUGCUUUUCCAGAGUGCCAGGUUCACUUGAUGUCCAGCUUCAGGCCUUUAUGUUUACCAUUCAAGAGAUCAACCAGAAUCCUGAUCUCCUGCCCAACAUUACCUUGGGAUAUAGCACAUAUGAGAACUACUUCAACGCAAGGGUCACAUACGAAGCUCUGCUAGAUUUGCUCUCGGCGGGACGCCAUAACAUUCCAAACUACAGCUGUGGAAGACAGAAGGAAUCCAUGGCAGUUGUUGAAGGGGCUGACUCUGAAAUUUCCAUCCAUAUUUCAAACAUUUUGGACAUCUACAAAAUCCCCCAGGUUAGUUACGGUUUUGUCUCCCGCGAUGUUACCGACGGCACUCGGUUCCCUUUCUACUUCCCAAUGGUUCCCAAGGAAGAACUCUUGUACCCGGGGAUUGUCCGGCUCCUCCUGCAUCUCAGAUGGACCUGGGUCGCCCUCUUUGCUCCAGACACCGACAACGGGGAAAGGUUCUUGUGGGCCUUGACACCUGAGCUCACUCGACAUGGAGUCUGUGUGGCCAUCUCAGAGAGGAUCUCGGCACUGGCCUUGCACGGACACACAAUCCCCCUCAGGCACGUUUCCGAGUGGAGAAAAGUCAACGUGUUUGUCAUCUAUGGGGACACCCGCUCUUUGAGGUAUCUUAUGCUCUAUAUACAAGCGGCACUUCACGUCCUGGCCCUUCCCAUUGAAGGGAAAGUCUGGGUCGCAGUAGCUUUGUGGGACAUCCGCGCAUUGCUGCCUUUCAUGGAUCUCCAGCGCAGCCACUGGUUCUUUUCCUUCUCGAUCCAGAUGAAUGACAGGUUCCAAGAUGGACAUUGCGGGCAAAUCCUUUUUGACUACAGGAAGAGCUUCCGUUGCUCAUACUCAAAACACAGGCUCGCUGUGAGACCCCGGAGAAAAUGUAAACAGACAGAGGAUCUGCAUGAUCUGAAGGAAUGCGUGAACAGGAACAGCUACAAUGUUUAUCACAGUGUCCUGGCCGUGGCACGUGCCUUACACGCUGCGUCCUCCUCGCCAAGAGUCAAGCGCAUGAAGACGGGGAGAGGUGUGGACAGGCUGGAGCUCCCAAAAGUACGGCCGUGGCAGGUAGGUAUCCCCAAUUUCAUCACAGACUUCUUCAUACCAAAGUUACGUUUAUGUUUCUUGCUGUAGUCCCAAAAUUCCCCAGCAAGCACCAUGAUCCAAAACUGGAUGUUAUGUAGGGAAGCACAAAGAUCCUAUGUAAGAAUAAGUGUAAGAGAGAGAGAGAGAGAGAGAGAGAGAGAGAGAGAGAGAGAGACCUAAUACCCCAGAGAACAGGAUCAGAAUCCAAAAUAACCUUAACAGAUUAGAGAACAUACUGCAAGUCGCUUCUGAUGUGAGAUAAUUGGCCGUCUACAGAGACGUUGCCCAGGAGACAAACCAGUGUGAUUCCAGGCUGCACCCAUAGGAAUAUAGUGUCUAGAUCAGCCGGGCUUGGGCUGUGGCGCAGGCUGGAAAGCAGCUGCAAUGAAUCACUGCAA